UGUUUAUGUUAACAUGAAUGAGAUUCAGAUAUUUGAUACCAACUCUUUAACUUGGUAUAAUGUUACAGCUUCCGGUGACCAUAUUGGAAUGCGUGCAUUUCAUUCAGCUGUUUUAAUUCGUAAUUCAAAAAUUCUUAUAUUUGGAGGUUCGACAACAAACUUUGCAAUUAUAGCGAACCCCGAACUUGCAAUAUUAGAUACCAACAUUUAUCCUUUUAAAUGGGCAGCUUUAUAU